CAGGAUGGAUAAAGGCUGAGUGUGGCAGCAGGAGCCUGGGCUGACGUGCUGCCUGCCGGGCGGUCCAUGGGACGGUGGUGGGUGCAGGCUAAAGUCUGCACUGCUGUGAACACUGUGCUCAUCACCCCAGACCGCCGAUGCCACGGGACGCCUCUGAUGGAAGAGGCUUGGAUCAGUCGCUACCGGAGGCAGCUGAUGAGGUCCGUCUCAUCACAGUUCCUGGAGGAGAUCAUCGGCUACCUGCAGAGGCUGGACCUCCUCACGGUGGAGGAGGCUGGCCGGGCGCAGGAGGCGAGCUCCCUGCCCGAGCAGGUGAGGGCCGUGGUGGACAUCCUGGCUGGCAAGGGCAGCCAUGCCUCCCAGUCCCUGCAGAGCUUCAUCGAGACCACCAAUUCCCAGCUUUACCUCCACAUCACUGUCUAUGAACCGAUGGUGCAGAAACAUCUGGAGAGCCUCCAAAGCUUCUAUGGGAACAGCUUGGAGAUAGGUUCCCUCCAGCGCCUCACAAACCUGCUGCUAGUAGAGGGCUUGACUGACAUCCAGCAGAAGGAACAUGACAUCCUGCAGAUGGAAAUGACCAAAGGCCUACAAAAUGUAUCCAAGAGCAUCCCUUUAGAGAAGCUCUUCUUGCCCCUGUCCAAGGUCAGCAUCCCCCCGCGGAUCUCUGUGACCACGGGGGUGGCUGGGAUCGGCAAAAGCACGCUGGUGAAGCUGUUUGUUGGUCGCUGGACAAAGGGGUUGAUCAACAGGGACAUCAUGUUCGUGCUGCCACUCACCUUCCGGGAGCUCAACACCUAUGAGAAGCUCUCUGCCGAGAGGCUCAUCCGCUCGUCGUUCCCCCACAUCACCGAACCCAACUGCAUCUCCACGGGAGCUGCCAGGACGCUGCUCAUCCUUGAUGGCUUGGAUGAGUUUAAGACCCCUUUGGAUUUUUCCAACACUGUUGCGUGCACCGAUCCCAAAAAGGAGAUUCAAGUGGACAAUCUGAUCACCAACAUCAUACGAGGCAACCUGCUACAGGAGGCUUCUGUCUGGGUCACCUCGCGGCCCACGGCGGCCAGCCAGAUCCCCGGCGGGCUCAUAGACCGCAUGACGGAAAUACGCGGCUUCAGGGCUGCAGAGAUGAAAGACUUUUUGGACCAGAUGUUCCUUGACAACAGAGACUUAUCCAGCCAGGUUCUGCAUCACAUCAAGGCUAACAGAUCUUUGCACAUCAUGUGCACAGUUCCUGGAUUUUGCAGGAUUUACGGCUCUUCAAUUGGUUAUUCUAAAAACAGCACCGGUCAACCCCAAGAACUGACAGUUGCUCCUAAGACCUUGUCAGAAAUCUAUUCCUAUUAUUUUAAAAUGGCUUUGAGCAGUGACUGGCCAGAAAGGCAGAGAGAAACCCUCAGAAUCGAGCAAGCUGUGAACAACAGCAAGAAAGUGAUGGGCAGCUUGGGCAGGCUGGCCUUCUACGGGCUGCUCAAACGGAAGCACGUGUUCUACGAGCAGGACAUGAAGACGUACGGCAUAGACCUCUCCUUGCUGCACAGCAGUUUGUGCAGCAGACUCUUACUCAAAGAGGACAUGCAAUCCUCCACGGCCUAUUAUUUCUCCCACUUAACCAUACAGGAGUUUUUAGCAGCUAUUUAUUACUACACCGCUGCCAAGCGGGCAAUAUUCGAUCUCUUCACGGAGAGCGGGAUGUCCUGGCCCAAGCUGGGCUUCCUCAACCACUUCAAGAGCGCCGUUCAGAGGUCGCUGCAGGCUGAGGACGGGCAGCUCGAUAUCUUCGUGCGGUUCCUCUCCGGGCUGCUCUCCCCACAGGUGAACCAGCUGCUCUCCGGCUGGCUCCUGGUGAAGGAUGAGCACAACAGCUACAGGAACCAAGCCAUCAGCUUCCUGCAGGGCUGCCUCAACACGAACUACGUUAUCUCCUCGCAGACGGUGAACACCGUGCACUGCCUGCAUGAGAUUCAGCACACGGAGAUCGCUAAGGCUGUGGAGGAGGCGAUGAAGAACGAGAGCCUGGCUGGGAUGCUCACGCCAGUGAACUGCUCUGCCCUGGCGUACCUCCUGCAGGUCUCUGAUGUGUGCGUGGAGGAGACCAACCUCUCCAACUGCCUGACUUACAACAUCUGCAAGAGCCUGCUCCCCCAGCUCCUCUUCUGCCACAGCCUCAGGCUGGACAAUAACCAGUUUAAGGACAACGUGAUGGAGCUGCUAGGCAGCGUGCUGAGCGUGAAGGACUGCCAGAUCCAGAGGCUCAGUCUGGCAGAAAAUCAGAUCUGCAAUAAGGGUGCCAAAGCACUGGCCAGGUCGCUGAUGGUGAACAGGAGCUUGACAGCGCUGGACCUGCGAAGCAACUCCAUUGGCCCAUCGGGAGCGAAAGCAUUGGCUGAUGCACUGAAAAAAAACCAAGUCCUGCUCUCUCUGAACCUGCAGCACAAUGUGAUCAAGGAGGAGGGUGCCACGGCCCUGGCUGAGGCCCUGCUGACCAACCACAGGCUGAUAACCCUGCACCUUCAGAAAAACUCCAUUGGUGCCCACGGUGCAAAGAAGUUAGCAGAGGCGCUGGCGCAGAACUGCAGCCUCAAGGAACUGAUGCUCUCCAGCAACUCUGUAGGAGACAGCGGCUCGGUUGCCUUGGCUGAAGCCCUGAAGGUCAAUCACAGUCUGCAAAGCCUCGAUCUGCAGAGCAAUUCCAUCAGUAACACCGGGGUCAGUGCGCUGACAGCGGCUCUCUGCUCCAACAAGGGACUCAUCGACCUCAAUUUGCGGGAGAAUUCCAUCAGCAAGGAGGGCGGCCCCGCCAUCGCCCAUGCCCUGCGCACCAACUGCACUCUCAAGAAGCUGGACUUAGCAGCCAACCUGCUGCAUGAUGAAGGCGGCAAGGCCAUCGCUUUGGCCAUGAAGGAGAACCAGGCACUCACAUCCCUCCACCUGCAGUGGAACUUCAUUCAGACGCAAGCAGCCGUGGCCCUGGCACAAGCUCUGCAGUCCAAUGGCAGCCUGGCCAGCCUCGACUUGCAGGAGAAUGCCAUUGGGGAUGAGGGAAUGGCCGCCCUGGCUGCUGCGCUGAAGGUCAACACCACGCUGGCAGAUCUCCAUCUCCAGGUAGCUUCCAUCAGCGCAGCUGGCGCCCAAGCCCUAGCAGAGGCCUUGAUGGUCAACAACAGCUUGCAGGUCCUGGACUUGAGGGGAAACUCCAUCAGUGUGGCAGGGGCCAAGGCAAUGGCCAACGCGUUGAAGGUGAACCGCAGCCUCCGCUGGCUCAACCUGCAGGAGAACUCCCUGGGCAUGGAUGGGGCCAUCUGCAUCGCCACUGCGCUGAGGGGCAACCACGGCCUCACCUACGUCAACCUGCAGGGGAACCGUAUCGGCCAGUCGGGAGCCAAGAUGAUCUCUGACGCCAUCCGGACCAACUCACCUGACUGCGUGGUGGUGGUGUGAGGGCAUGCAGCAGUGCGAGGAGAUGGCCUGGGGGGGCAGAGGACAUCCCUUUGGCUCACUGCCCACCCAUCGAGGAGAAGCUGGGGCAGGGAGAGCCCAGCAGCUCUCAGCAUGGCCCCACAGAGGCUCAAAGCUGCUACUGGGUCCCAGGGCUCUGAAUCAGCAGCACAGGAGGGUUAGAAGCUGGGGAAUGCACAGCUUGCCUGUUCACUCAGGCACUGGAGGAGUUUCAAGGCUGCAUAAAUGGAUGAAAAGGAAAUGGGAGGGGGCAGAUCCUACAGGGCAGGUCCUUCUCACACACAUGGGUGACUCAACUCCACCCUAGGCCAGCAGCCCUCCCCCGCUGCAGUGCUGUGCCCACAGCCUGUCCUGCACCAGGCACACCCUGACUGCACAGGAGCUCUGCUCCCAACCCACCUGAAGAUGCUGUAGGCAAAUGCUACUGCACCCCAGCCUGGCCCCAGCACACUGCUCCCAGUGCCAGCCCUUCUCUGUCUAGGUCUGCUAGGGAUGCCCGGAACACUGCACGAAACAGCAGCCCCUUCUCAGGCAGCCACACAUAGCCCAGUCCUGUAGGAUGCUGCUGAAAUCCUACUGAGAUGAGAAGUCUGAUGGUCCCUUGUCCCUGCAGAGCAGGGGCUGCUCCCUGUGCAGCUGUGUGGUUUGCCAUGCCCACAACAUCACAUUGGCUUUGGCUGAGUAAACAGUUCCCAAGUGUUCAGUACUGCUGCCCUACAUCACAUCCUUUGGAGGAGACAGGGAUCUGAAGGCGUAGGAGUGCAGUCACUGAGAAAGGCCUUGGGAGGAAGGAAGCAGGAGGAACAGCACUGCAUGAAGAUGGGCCAUCUCCAGCACACGCACCCUGGUGCAGGAGUGCCUCAAGACAAAGUUCUGUCCCUCAAGCUGAGGACCACUGGGUUCCCUGCUCUUGCCAUUGGGUCACCUUUUAAGCAAGUGGCUGCUGAAAGCAGAGGUGCCAGGUGAUGCCUCUGUGUGUGUGGCAGAUGUGGUGGCUCUCAAGAAGGUGCUGGGUUCGCAGCUGGAGCAGCAGCCAUUCUGUGCAACCCCCCCAACCCCACAGCCAGCAGCCCCUCUCCCUUCACCUCCCAGAGCCGCACUUGAACACAUUCCUGUGGAGUCAGGGCAGUGAGCAGCUGCUCAAAACCGCUGUGGGCUGACCCUGGGGGAAUAUUGAGGUGAGCUGUGCCGUAUGUACAUGCUUGGAAAUAAAUGAGAUCCUAGCUGCCUUCCU